GUCGGGCCGCGUCCGGGCGCUGGAGUCGCGGCUUCUCUCUCGCUUCCUGGGGUAGUCAACCCAGCGUUCGCCACCUUUGGCAGCGACGGGCUGCGGGGCUGCCGGUGUGCGCUGUGACGAGCUAAUCGCCGACUUGCAAUGUAGAACCACAUCGGAAUGGUUUGGGUUGGAAGUGACCUUUUAGGUCAUCUAGUUCCAAUUCCCCUGCUAUGAGGACCACGAGUCCCACGUAGUUCAAAGUCUGAUCCAGCCUAGCCUUGAACCCUUUCCAGUACAAGAAAGAUAAGGAGGUGCUGGAGAGUGAACAGCACAGGGCCUCAAAGAUGCUUAGGAGCAUACAGCGCUUCAUACGGGAAGAUACUCGGGGAGCUGUCAGACUCUUUUCAGUGAGACAGGACGAGGAACAGUGGCCAUAAACUAAAAAACAAGAAGUUUCAGCUUAACAUGAAGACCUUUACAUUGAGAGUGGCAAGAGAUGGGCCGGUCGGGGCUGUCCAGGGAGGUCGUGGAGCCUCCCUCUCUGGAGACAUUCCAGACCGACCUGUACGUGUUCCUGUGAAGCCUGAUCAGGUGACCCUGCUUUGGCAGGAGCGUUGGACUAGAUGAUCUCCAGAGGUCACUUCCAACCCUCAUAAUCUGUGACUCUGUGACCCAGGCUCCCUGGUCAGCCUGUUUCAGUGCCUCAGCACCCUCGCAGUAAAGAUUUGUUUCCCAACAUCUAAGAUGGGUUAUCCUCGGUGCUUCUGUGCUAAAGCUGGCUGGCGCCCCGGCUCGGCGAAGAGCUGCCUGUGCCCGGCUAAAGCGCCUUUGCCAUGGGCAGAGGUAGAGCCGAGAGCGGGCUGAGUUACACCCGGACAGAAUUCGGCUGUGCCGGGGCUCUGACCGGCGCUGUGGCGGCCCGAGCACCCUGCGCUCUCCUGCCGGUGUCCCGACAGGCAGGGACUGCCCGGGAAGUCACACAUGUUCCCUGAUCCCGGCAGGCGGCGGUGCCCAAGGGCGGGGGGCGCGCGGCUGCCGUUUUUCCCGCGCAGCCCGUGAGGUGAUCCCGGCGGGAGAACCCCUGCCACAGGCGCUUCCUCCCAGCUCCUCAAAACCUCCCGGCUGGGAGAACUCUCCCGCGGGGCUUGGAGAGAGACUUCCCUGUGGCACUGCCGUGCCUUGUUGCCAGGUGGGCUGAGGGCACAGGGAGCAGUGCCUUCCCCUUCUCUCGGUGAGGCUUCUGAUUUCUGAGAAUCACCAUCCUGUUUCCCUUCCGUUUUGGCUGAGACCCAGGUACUGCUUUGGGGCAAUCAACAGCAUACCAUGAAUAGCACCAGGCACCAGUCUCUGUUCUUUGUCAGUCUGCCUGAGCUGCAAAAACUCUGUGCUGCAACAGUAACACUGAGUUCUCAGAUACCAGAAAGUGAGGCAAGGAGUACACAGAUAAAGACUUGCAGACAAUUAUUAUUCCUGUAUCAAGAAGUCCUUUCUGCACCUGUUAUGGGGACACUGAAUCAAAUUUCGGUUGUGAUGGCGAUACCAUUUUACGAAUCAGGAAUAUGUCAAGCCUAUGUAGAGAGACACAGAGCUACUCUGGAAGCACCGCAAACAGUUACUCCAGCCCUUCUCCAAACCUGUCUUUCCUACACACUUACAGCCAGGCUUGCACCCAGAUGGAACAAGGCUGGUCAUCUCUUGGUGCAAGGGAAAGACUUUUUGUGUCAUUCAGGAAGGCAAAAUGCUGUUGUUAUAGACCUCAAUGUGUCAGAGAGACAGCUUUGCAUCAGUGUGGAGCCUUGCUCAAUUCGGCUGCCACCCCCCAAGCUUGGAGAUUUUGAUAUUUCAUCAAACACCAUAAAGCUGUUUGACAGCAAUGAAAAUACAGUUAUUCAGCAACAUUCCAUAUUAAGUAACUGGUGCUAUGUUUUGCCAAGCAUGAAAAUGGGUCAGAUCAUCAACAUCAGCCACAUAAUUCCUCCAGAAUCUCCUUUCCGUUCAUAUAAGGAUUUUCAGAUGCACUGGAAGAGUCUGUAUGGAUAUAUUCUUCCUGAGGAUCUCGAAGAGACAAAAAUAUACUUGAGUGUUUACUUCAAACCAAUAGGGGAAAGGUUCUUUACGUACCCUUUAAGUUGCAUCCGAAGUCAGCCAGUGCAGUAUUUCCCCAGAACAGAUGCAGAAAGUGUAGUGAACUCUUUUCUUUCUGACAUGAAGAGCAAUUUUUCACAGCUGUGUGGAUUUCCAGUAAAGAUGACAAGUAAAGCACUUUAUGCUACAAAAGAACUCUCCAGGCCUUCAGUGCAUGAAAUAAAACCUAAGCAUACAAAAUUGGACGGUGAGAUGGUGUGUGUAGUAUCUCUAACGCAGGCUCCUCCAAGAAAACCGACUUUGCCUGGAAUUCCUUCACCGUGCAGUACGGAAAAUAGCCACUGGAUGGAGUGUUUGAUCCAAGAGCCAGGAACACACAGUUUUUCGAGCAAGACUACAGGAGGCGUUAGCAUUGAAGCAACAGAGAAGUCAAUGAGCAAUAAGCAAAUACCUGGCGUGCCAAAGUUACCAACGGCAAAGUCUUUAGCACCACCUGUAAACUCAGCCUUUGAAUCCACGCCCCCAAAAGUCAGCAAAAUUAUACCAAUUUUCAAAGGAAAGUUGAUGCAAAUGAAUGGAAAGAUCACAAGUCAAACAGAUAGGAAGAAAAGGGAAAAUGCUGAAUGGCAUUCACCAAUAAAAAGUGUGGGUGUUUCAUCUUCUAUGCUCUCUGUGCACAAAUCCAGCAUAACUCAGGUUUUCAAACACAUUCAAGACGUGCCAGUCAAAACUCCUGCUGACAGCAGCGCCCUUCAGGUAAAGAACACAAAGACACACCCAAAACAUGGUACACCCAUAUUCCGAUGGAAAACCCAGUCUAGUGGACAAAUUACUAACUCUGAUUUUUCUGAAAACUCUGCUUCAGGUGGGAAUCCAAGUGAAGUCAAUCACAAAAAGGCAAAUUCUCUGCUCUUUCUUAAGCAUGUUGGGCCAGUGCUUCAGAAGUCCAGCACCAGUCCAUGUCUGAAUACACAUGAAUCUCCUGCUUCCAGUGCAAGAAGGGGGGAAAAGUUUGCAAGUCAAAAUACUACUCAAUUUUUUGACAAACAACACCAGUCAAAGGAAGUGCAUUUGCAAAUUUGUAAAUUAGACAAUGAAAUGACAAAUUCCAGUUUGCCACUGCAACAAACAAAGAGAUCAAAUAAAGGAGCUGGGUUAAAUAUUCAUGAAUCUGUCUUCAAAGAUACAGUGUGCAUGGCCAAAAGUGAAGCAAACAAAGCAGCAUGCCACUCUAAGGACUGUACUGCUGAGACAACCAGUCAUCAUUCCAAACCUAACUUUGAACAGAUGAUUGCAGGGAACAAGUAUCUGACAUGUGAAACACUGACCUCAAAACCAACUUUGCCAGACAUGGAGAGCAACAUGGAAGCAUCUGUAAAGAAAGGUUGUGCCAGAAGAAGACAACAGAAAGAAGGAGGUUAUUCAAAGUUAAAGAGAGCCAAAAGAAGUAAAACUUCUACUUAAGAUGUUCUGGAGUAUUGAAAGAAAACACUACAUCUGGAGCUAAGAAUGUGGUUUGGCUGCCUGACCUCAGCCAAAGGUUAAGAAGGUGUGAAUAGACUUCUGCAACAGAAGUUCCUACUUCCAACACCACAACUGACAGUGGUAUUUUGAGGACUUUAAUCCUAAAAUGCCCAGAUCUAAAAGGAUAAAUCUGUGCAAAAUACCACAUAUUUAUGAUGGAGAGAAUUCUUUCUUCUUCUGUAUAAAAAUUCAGACAUUUAAUCGGAAUGCCCUGAACCCCAGCUUUGUAAACGGAAUGCAGAUGCAGAUGUGGGAAUACAGCAAUAUUUUUUCCUUCAUAUUAGCCAUAGAGUUCUCAGUUGUCUUUUGUUUUCUUCUAUGCUCUGAACUUUUUCUGUGUUUUCCCCCAUUCAGGUUCCCAAGAGGGCAGUAACAUACUUCAGAAUCUCUGAACUUUGUGUAUUUUGCUGUUUGCCAUUGGUAGCUGGUUUUGGAUGAAAAUUUGAGGGUUAAAUACAGUCAAAUGAAUCCAUGUAUCAUCAACUUCUUCAGACAGUUCAGGUUAAUAAGCCUCUAAUGCAUAUGGAAAUUAAACUAAAUUGUUUAGUUUUUGAAUUACAUAAUAAAUGUCCUGCUACUUGCUUACACAGUUAAUCAUUCUUCCAAAUUAUUUUGUUGUUUCUAGUCAGGUUUUUAAAGAUAAACUAUUUAAUUCUUUGUUACAGUGCCUGGGCCAGUUUGAUUCAUCAGUAAAAAAAUCCCAAAUUAGUUUUCUUUAUCAAGUCAAAUGACUGGAGAAUAAACAAUUUUAUUCCUACAGAAAUAAUUUAAAGGCUGGAUUUGAGUCAAGCUUCAUUAGUUCUCAUUGUAAUUUUUGAUGACUUUUCACAUAUGAAACUGCUGUGUAAAAUAUUUUUUUAAGUUUAGUUCCCCAUUCUUCAGGAGUUCUUAGAAAACCUGUAGUUGCCCUUUGAGGAGUUUUGUUGCCGUGUGACUUCAGUGACCUACUGCAAUGUGCAGAUACAAAUAUAUACACAUAUGUAAGAUUGUUGCCUCAUAAUCACUGCUUUGGGGUGACUAUUAUUGUGUUCCCUGGAAAAUAAGAAUCAAAUGUCGCACUAGCUCCUAAACUCAAAUGUUACAGAACUGUAGUUUAACGCUUAUUUUGGACAUACAUCUGCAAAUAUUUUUUUCUGAAGGGAUUGAUACAAUGGGACUUUGUGCCUUUCACUAAACUUUUUUUUUUUUAGGUUCAUAUUGCAAUAGCUGUAUUUCUCUUCAUUUUUCUAAACUGGAAUUUGUCCUACUACUAUGACAACUUUUGUUUUGUUUUGUUUUUUCUUGAAUGGUGACUGUCAACAUAGUUUUAAUACAUAAUACAAAAACAAACAAACAAACAAAGAAAAAAAACCCAAACAGCAAGCCAAGACAAAUACUAAAAGUGCUAUAUGCUCAGCAUGAAAUCAAAUUAUAUUUUCAUUUUGUCUGGAAGCUGGUAUAAAGGCUCCUUUUCAAAUGCUGUGGUUUAGUUACCUUUCAUAGGUUUAACUGUAUGGAACUGAUCUUUCUCCUGUCUUGCAUGGAAAAGCCUGUAGAGUAGUUGCAUUUCUACCAUGCUAUAUAAAUUAGUGCUUUGCCUGAUCUGUUUCCUGUUGUUGUUUUUAAAAUGCUGCUGGUUGCCAGCAUUUGUCUUGUAUUAUCACAGAAGUAAUUUUGCACAAUUUUUGCAUUUUUUAAAUGUUUACAUCGUUUUGUGUUAUCUGUUAUAGAACUAAAAAUACAGAAAAAAAUUAUUUAUCUCAGCUCCAGUGUGUUCUGUUUAAAUAAACUACUGAGUUACUCAUCUGUGCUAAAUUGCCAGCUAUUUC